AAAUUGUUAGCGAAGGCCAGACGGCCAAUUCCGUAGGAGAGAAGGUGCACGAAGCUAGACCAUGGCGCCCCACGAUCUCCGCCGUCCGUUCAAAAGACCGGCGAUUUCCGAUCAGCAGAGGCGCAGGGAACUCUCUCUGCAGCGCCAAGCACAGAAUCGCCUCGACGCCCAGCACCACGCCCGCCGCUUAGCCUCCACCCUCCUCUUUCUCCAGCCCCCACAGUCCGACCCCGAAGCCGAUCCAGAGCCCGAUCCGGAAAUCGCACCCGAGGCCGAACCCGAGCAAGUAACUUCGCCAAGUGAGCUCGAUGUUCGGGAAGCCUCGAAGCUGAAAGGGGCCCAAGCUCGGAAAUGGUUCGCUAGGCAGCUGAUGCUUCCCGAGUGGAUGAUUGACGUACCCGAUCAACUUGCUCAAGACUGGUAUGUAUUUGCAAGGCCUUCUGGGAAGCGAUGCUUUGUCGUUUCGACUAAUGGUACCACAGUUAGUAGAUUACGGAACGGUUCAAUGCUGCACCGUUUCCCGUCUGCUCUACCCAACGGAGCUAGGACCAGAGACGCUUCAGGCUCUGCCCAAUCAUACACUAUACUGGACUGCAUCUUUCACGAGGCGGAUCAGACUUACUAUGUGAUUGACAUGGUUUGCUGGCGGGGUUACUCGCUCCAUGACUGCGCGGCGGAGUUCAGGUUCUUUUGGUUGAACUCUAAGCUUGUUGAGACUGGUGCGUUUGACCCGCCUUCGCAGUAUCAUAGGUACAGGUUUAGUCUGGUUCCAGUGUACAAUUGUGACCAGUCUGGUCUGUCUGCGGCUUAUACGGAACCAGUCCCUUAUGUGAAGGACGGUUUGUUAUUUUAUAACAAGCAUGCACAUUACCAGACUGGAAAUACACCACUAGCAUUAGUCUGGAAGGACGAGAAUUGUAGUCAAUAUGUCAUUGACACAGAUAGUAAAGGACAGGUUCCAAGCCAACAACAGGUAGUUUUGGAGCUACAAGAUAAUGGGAACUUGACUACCUCAGAUGAACCUCAUGUGGUGUUUGGUUGCUUAGAUGGGGACUUUAUGCAAAAGUCAGGAUUGUGUUGUGGAAAUCUUCUGCGUUUCGCUAUCAGUAAUGGAGGAUUGAGUUUUCUGGAUGGGAAGCUUGAGAAGGCUGAUUUACAUUAUCUUGGCAAGUCCAAUCGAGCGCGUGCUUUUGCAGAUAGUUACUCCAAGGUUAUGUUCCAGUAUAUGGCUCGGCAUUCUCCUCUAAAAGUUGAUGAUCUGCUAGCAUCUAUUAAUUCAUCAAUUGAACAAGAAAACAAGCCUUCUGAUGAUCAGGAGAUGGUUGGCUAAUGGUGACUAUCAAUUAUAGUGAUAGGAGUUUUUUUUUUUUUUUUUUUGGUUAGCUUUUGCCUACUAAGGGAUCAUUGGGGUGCUUCUUUCUCCCAAAAGCUUCAAUCACUUGUGUUCGAGUAUGGCUUGCCCCCAGGCUCCGGUGAAAAAUUACUGAAAAAUUUAUUGUGAAAAAGUAAAUGGUCAAAAUUGCAAGAUUUGGAGAAAACUCUAGUUAUUUAUUUUCACUGGAGGCAAUUUUGAUAGUUUAAUUUUUCACAGGAGGAUCUCUAGUGAUUUUUUUUUCAGCAGUGUACAAAGCCGUAUGUUCUCACAUUUGUAACUUUUUAGAGCAUCUAUAGCAGCAAUAGCCAUUUUAGCAACUCAAAAAGUGCUAUUUUUUUUUUCGCCUAUUCAUUUUUCAAUUCAAGUUUCAAUAAAUUAUCUAUUUUACUC